UUAAUGUUUUACAUUUGACAGUAAACACACUAGUUUGUACAUUAAUAAAGUUUCUUUAAAAAUCUAUAAAAAGGUGUUUUGUUUUUUUUUUCCUCCACCAUCGUGGUGGUGGACUGACUUGUCCAAGCCAUGUCUUCCCACAAGACUUUCAGAAUCAAGCGCUUGCUGGCUAAGAAGCAAAAGCAGAACCGUCCUAUUCCUCAGUGGAUUCGGAUGAAAACUGGCAAUAAGAUCAGGUACAACUCCAAGAGGAAACACUGGAGAAGAACAAAGCUGAGUCUAUAAGGAUUCCUCUAAGAUGCGACAUGUUUAUGCUGGGAUAGACUGCUAGGAUUUUGAGCGAAACACUGUUGUCUCGAACACUUGAUUAGGACCCCACUCGGCCUUGUAUCUCUUCCUGUUACCUGACUCAGUAAAACUAAAUAUGUGAGCUACUUGGAAAAAAAAAUCUAUAAAAAGGGGGCCAGUAAGGGGAGUCAGCGGUAG